AUGGAACGGAGGGAGAGAAGAAUCCAAGAGCGAGAGGAGGCGAGAGCCUGGGAGGGAGGCGAGAGCCAGGGGAGCUCUCAACUGACUUUGGAAGACGAGGCCCUUGAAUGGUUCAACAACCUGCCUCCCAAUUCCAUAGAAAAUUUCGUCGGACUGAAGCAGCUAUUUAUCCGGCAAUUCGCGGCUAAUAGCACACAAGACUUGACUGUGUUUGAGUUGGUCACCCUGAAGCAGGGAAAGGAAGAAACGCUGAGAGCGUUCAUGGACCGGUACCAGAAAACCGUCCGACGGGUGAAGGCGUUAAGCCCGGAGCUCGCCCUCCAUUACAUCCUACCCGCCCUCAAGCCCGAACCAUUCAAAGACAGCGUCUGUCGGCGAGCCCUUAAGACUAUGGAGGAGCUGAGGGAACGCGCGACAGACGAGAUAAGGGUUGAGGAGAUGAAGUUAUCCUACAACAAGGAGAGUCAGGAGCUGAGGAGCGAGAAGGCGGACGAGGGAAAACUCGGUAAUUCGGUAGGAAAACCGGGCGACAGCAUGCAGAAGGAGCCGUGCCGAGGGCCGCGUUUCCAUCAAUACACCCCUCUGAACGCCUCCCGAGAAAAGAUCCUUCGGGAGGCGCUCAGCGCGGAUCUGCUCCCAGAACCUAUGAAGCGCCCCACACCAUCCGGUGCGGAUGGAAGUAAACACUGCGCCUACCACAAGAAUAUGGGUCAUACCACCGAGGAGUGUGUGACCCUGAAGGACAAAAUUGAAGAGCUGAUCCAGGCGGGAAAGCUAAAGAAGUAUAUACGGGACGACCGUCCUCACGCGCCCGCCGAGAGGACUGCCAGGUGA